CUGGUGGCGGCGUGGCCCCGCGCGGCUCCCUUCUAGGAAAGACUCACCCCCGCUCUGCGCUGGAGCUUCUAUUUCUGUGCGGCCCUGCCGUGCCCUCGCCCGCUGGCCGGGGCGCGCGGGGCGGCAGCUGUGCCUGCUCGUCUAGUCCGUACUGGAAAGCGGGCCUGGAGCUGGGACGCUCGCUGGUGCCAGCACGCUGGGCCUCGGGGCGCGGUGUGGUCCAUGUCACGGCACCCUUGGCGAACUGGAGUUAUUUUUAGCCCAGUCUCGUAUUGUCUGCACACUCUGGCACUGGGUAGCCACUCGCCCUACGUGGAAGACCCACGUGCCUACAGUGUCCCCAAAAACCGAGUUUGGGGACUACAAUGGGAUUUAAGAGCACCCCAGCCCCGGCUCCAGGCGCGAGGCGAGGCAGCAGGCGUGUGCUUGUCUUGGCCGCUCACGGGCGGGAGCCAGGCCAGGGGGUCUGGCUCUGGAGAGGCAGUGCUGGCUCUCAGGGCCUGUGACAGGGCCUUCAGGUGACUCAGGAAACCUUUGCGGUGCAGGGCUUAGACUUAGAAGUGCCGGGACAGUUAAGGCGCACGAGAGUGCAGCCGUGUGCAAGCACCUGGAGGGCCCGCCAGCACCGCGGCGGCCUCGUCCACCCGCCCAGCCACUCGCUAUUAAGGCGGCCGCAGGUGUGGCGUGUCGGCCAGUCUGUGGCUCUGAGGGAGACGUGGGAUUCUGCGUGGGCACUUGGAGUGAGCGCCGGCCUCUCCUUCCGUUUCCCCCAAUGGACACCGGGCCCGGCCCCUGGCGGCCCUGACGGUGCCCAGCUCGAGUCUCCCCCUCAGGGUGAGGCGCCUUCUCCCCCGUGUCGUCUUCACACUUUUUUCCUCGCUUUGUCUGGACAUCGGGGGGCCUGUGCUGUGCCGGGAGGGCCGUGGUCCCCGGGGGUGCCUGUUCUCGCCGCAGCGGGGUGCUCCCGGAGGGGAGCUUGCGCAGUGCCGUCGUGCGGGUGGCGUGGCUGGCUGUGUCCCGCGACGCUUGCUCUCUCCAUCGCCGCUCCUCAGUGCUCAGUUUUAUUAAGUGCUGGGGAUUUUGUUGGUUUUAUUUACGUCUCUGGGCUGGGCUUUUUUUUUCAUGUUUAGCCAGUAAGGCUAGUGACUGUAAAAUAGUUCUUAUUCUAUUGAGGUGAUUUUGGUCUGUAGCCCUAAAAUAGUCCUGUCUCUUACCUCAGGCCCAGCUCGGGGGUGUCUGUGAUCUGUCGCCACAGCAGGCACGGAGCUGCUUCUCUGAGAUCCGGGCGGCCGGGUAAAGGAGGAGUCCUCGAGCCCUCGGUGGCUUUUCAGGGUUUUAAUGCCAUUUUACCAGGUCUAGGCAGGCAGGGGGUGGGGGCCGGGAGGCUGGCAGGUCCCCCAGCCCCUGGCGAAUCUUCGCUCUUCCUGGGCUCCAGCGUUCUCGCGGCCUCCGCUUCUCUGCUGGUGCUGCUCUUGCCUGGGCUCCCUCGGUCAUUCUGUUCCGCGCCGCUGCCGCCUAAGCCCAGGUGAACCCACCUGCGCGCACCCACGCCCUCUCCAGGUGCCGCCACCAGGCAGGCGUACAGGACCGCAGGGAUCCCUCAUCCCUCCUAAUGGCAGAAAAGCUUGACAUCAUUUACCCUACAUGUUCUCAAAGAAUUCUUUUGACUUCUCAUUGAUUUUAUUUUCCAUUUUAUUAAUUACUAGAAAAUGGUUGGCACUGAUCAUGGAAUACAACUAAGACUAAGACUGACUAUGACGACAUAAGAUCGACAUAACUUACAAGUAUCAAAAAAUAAGAGGGUGUAGGGACAUAACAGGCUUUCUCAACUUUCAGUGUCAGAUAUCGCCUAAAGUUGAUAAAUCAAAGAUUAGCGCUAGGCGUACACUUAAAGGUGUAAAGAUAAUGAAAAAAAACUAAAAUGGCGCUGGGGAGCCCAGAGCAAAGCCAUGCCUGCCGUCCCUCCUCCCGCGCAGUGUGGGGUGCACUGAAGACAUCACUCUCAAACUCCCACUCAGACACAACACAAAUUAUAUGAACAAUUAAAACUAAAGAAUCAGGGCCUCCCUGGUGGCGCAGGCAGUUGAGCGCAGCACUCUGAAGCUGCCCGCAGCCUCUGCAGCGCGGGUUCGAUCCCGGCCGGCCAGGCAGCUACCCACAUGGCAUGGUGGACCUCUCCUGUCUCCCCGCUGCUCCCCUCAGCAGUGUAUUUCGGUCCGUCUGACUGUUCUCUUCCCAGCUCUGUCUCUGGUGAAUCCUCUCACACCCCACACUUGUGGCCUGUACCCCAGCUCUUGUGUAAAAAAAAAAAGAAAGAAAAGUAAAUAAUCAAUAAAAAUAAGCGAACUAAACCAAGAAAUUAUGAUAAUGAUAAAGAUAAGUGUGCCAGCUUCCCCUCCAUCUAGAGAAAACGAGAUGGGCCCGUAGAUCUGACACUGGUCCAGCGGACAGCCCGGAGCAGAGGGGAGAGAGCCUGGGAGGGCGCCGGCAGUGGGCUGGGCUCUGGCUUUGGAGAGGCCCCUCGGGUCUGUGUGCACUUGCGCCCGUAGGCACAUGGUGGACGCUGCGACCUGUGCCAUGCCGUCCCGUGACGAGGCGCUGCGUCGUAUGCAGGUGGGCCAAGAGUAUGGUGGACAGCAGGGUCCCCCAGCGUCCUCACGCGGGCCAGGUUUUUACCAGAGGGGCUGAGCCAUGUCCACGGAGGUUGGGGAGACGCGCGGGCAGUGGGGGCACUUGGGCCUGCGCUGGCCACCAGCCUUCCCGGGGUGGGCGUGGCCCUGCGAGCCGCAGGCCGUGUAGAGCGGCUGUGCCCACUGUGCAGCAGGAGCACCGAGACCGGAGGGCUGGGCACCCUGAAGCUCUGGGACAGGCUACUGCUUGCUACUGUUCCGUGCCUCAGGGGCAAGCCCUGAGCCAGCCAGCGACACCCUGGCCUUUAGACGACAGAGAAGGUUGAAAUAAGCCCUUUAGAACUUCCCGGGGGCUGCGAGGGGCCCGCCCGGCGUAUGGGGCCGGGUGCGGCGAGGUGGUCAGGCUGUGUGCCUGCCCUGCCCUGCCCUGCCUGCCCCCUGUGCGGCCGCAGCUGCCCGCACAACCUCGCUGUGCCCUGGCGCCCUGGGCAGGGCCGUCUGCCUGUUCUGCUCCCCACUCUGUCUCUGGUGAAUCCUCAGCCUGAUCUGUUCCUCCAGCGCUAUGCGGACGGGAGCGCGGCCGCAGGGUCCAGGACGGAGCCUGGUAGCAGCCCUUGCCCGGCAGGUGUCCAUGGCGCCCGGGCUCCGUGCUGGGGGCCUGCCGGGGCGCCUCCGGCACUGCCCUUCGGCCCAGUCAUUGCCUUCCUUGUGUCCGGCUCAUUUUGGGGGGUGCUGUGUCGGGACACCGCUGAGGCACGGGCCAGACUGAAGGAGACCUUGUCCCGCAGAUGCGGGUUGCCCCUCAUGGGCGUGAGCAAGCUGGACGUGCUCUACCGGAGACUCCUCCUCACCAAGCUCUUCAUCCGAGGAUGGGGGCGGCCGGAGGACCUCAAAAGGCUCUUUGAAUUCAGGAAGAUGAUUGGAAAUCGAGAAAGUGGCCAGAAUCUGGUUUCAAGCGAUUAUCCAGUCUACAUCGAUAAGAUUGAAGAGCAGUCUGACUGUAAGAUCCUGGAUGGGCACUUUGUCUCCCCCAUGGCCCACUGUGUGCCGGACAUCAUGCCAAUCGAAUCUGUUAUUGCAAGGUUCCAGCUGAUCGUGCCCAAGGAGUGGCAGGGGCGGCACCGGCCGGUGUGCAUCCACCUGGCAGGCACCGGCGACCACCACUACUGGAGGCGGCGGACGCUCAUGGCGCGGCCCAUGAUCAAGGAGGCGCGGAUGGCGUCGCUGCUGCUGGAGAACCCCUACUACGGCUGCAGGAAACCCAAGGACCAAGUAAGGUCCAGCCUGAGGAACGUGUCGGACCUGUUCGUGAUGGGCGGCGCCCUGGUGCUGGAGUCGGCAGCCCUGCUGCACUGGCUGGAGCGGGAGGGCUACGGGCCGCUGGGCAUGACCGGCAUCUCCAUGGGUGGACACAUGGCGUCCCUGGCCGUGUCCAACUGGCCCAAGCCCGUGCCGCUGGUCCCGUGCCUGUCUUGGUCCACAGCGUCCGGUGUCUUCACCACGGGCGUGCUCAGCAAGUCCAUCAACUGGCGGGAGCUGGAGAAGCAGUACUACACGCAGGCGGUUUACGGGGAGGAGAUCACCCACAUGCUUGAGUACUGCGGGGCAGAUUCUUUCAAAGUGGGACAGGAGCCCGUGACGCGCCUCCCUGGCGGUGCAGACAAGCUCGCCGGCCUUAGCCUGGCCCCGAGCGCUUUCAGCUUGGAUGGGAGGGAUCAGGCUGAGUCCCAGAAGCCUGCUGAGCGCCCCGAGCCUGCCGCGGCCUCUGUGGGCGCCCCGGCAGGAGGGCUCUGGCGGCGGGGGGUGCCCGAGGGGGAGCGCCUCGGCCCAGCGCCUGGCGCCGGCAAGAGCCCGCCCCGGGACCCCAGUCCGCAGCCCCGCCCGCUGCCCGGCCCGCAGGGGGGGCCCCUGGCCUUCAUGAAGGGCGUGAUGGACGAGUGCACGCACGUGGCCAACUUCUCAGUGCCCGUUGAUCCCAGCCUCAUCAUAGCCGUUCAGGCCAAAGAAGACGCCUACAUCCCCCGCACGGGCGUGCUCAGCCUGCAGGAAAUCUGGCCCGGCUGCGAGAUCCGCUACCUGGAGGGCGGCCACAUCAGCGCCUACCUCUUCAAGCAGGGCCUCUUCAGACGCGCCAUCUACGACGCCUUCGACCGCUUCCUCCGGAAGUACGCCAAGUGACCCAGGGGACCCCGCCGCCGAGGGGCCCCGUCCCGCUGGAGCCGCCGCCCCGCAGGGCUGGAGCCGCGUCCAGGUCACGCCGCCACCCACUGGGGUUUUAAAUCCAUCUGGAUAAUUUUAAACCAAUAUUUGGAUGAAAUAAUGAAGUAUUUUGUUACCAUUUGUGGGAAUCUCAUAUCCAAUGUCUAGUCUGUUGUGCUAUUUAUGAAGACAUUGUUAAUUAUGAAUAAUUUAUUAAUUUAAAAUAAAUUUAUUCAUAGGAAUCCAAUAGGUUCUUAAUAGAACUGUUAAGUCAAACUGAGUGUGACCCGUGAGGCCAUAUCGUGUCCUCAGCUGGCAUUUCUCCCACUGCCUGGGUUUCAGAGCACGUUUCCUUCUUUUCACCGAUCCAGGGGAAUUUUGUAAUCUUGGGUUAUUCUUUCUGUUGCUUCCCUUCUCUCUCUUUGGUGUGUUUUUUUCAUUUUACCUUUUAAUUUUCUUUUAAAAAGUUUUUUCGUUAAUAAUUUUUAAAUAUAAUUUUGUUUUCCACUUUAAUUUUCUACCUUGCAAAUAAGAUGUGAAUCAGUGUUAGCUCUGCCUUCCACUGACACCUGAUAGCGCCCCGAGUAGGCGCUUCUGAUGAUUGCAGUGCAGGCAGGAAGGCGGGUUAGAGGCGCAGCCCUUUACAGCUUUGCCAAAUGUUAGGGGAGGAAAAAAAUGCCAGAUGUGUUUCACAUCAUCCUCUGGAGGUUUCAGUUCACAAGAAAGGUGCAGCUGGGCGCCGCGCCCGCCCUGGGGUGCAGACUCCCAGCUCCAGGCCGAGCACGGACAGCUUUGGGGUUUCGGUUUCAGAAUCUGCGCCACAGAUGAAAUUGCGAACAGCACAUUCAGUCAUGCUGGGUCCCACGUGGUUUGAUGUGACAAGGGCCGCGCGUUAGCACGGGAGGCACGUGGGAGAUUUGUUCGCACUUUGGGGUGCGGCUUCUCAAGGGGGAGCAAAAAAUGCUGACUUCAGUAGGAAAUACUUUGGGUGGCGGGUGAAUGCUUGGAUGAGUGUGUUCGAGUUUCAUUUCUUUGAAAUCUUUGCCACUGAGGUUCUUAGUCCGGUAGGGUCCCGAGUGACAAUGUGCCUUCGCGGCCUUUUGGAAGGCGGCCGCGUCCCUCAGACGUCGCACCAGCUUCAUUUGGUGAAACUGGUUUAAAACGACUCCUGAAAUCAUGGCUUGCAGAUGAAGUCCUGGCUUCUGAAGCUGCGUCGGCCGCCAGCCCCCACGUCGCAGCCCGGGAGCUGCAGCCGCUCACACGUCGCCCUGGAGUGUCGGUGGAGCUCAGGUGCCAGGGCCGCGCCUCCGUCGGGAAAUACCUUCCAGGUGGAGUUCAAGGCGCCGAGGCGCGCGCUGCAGCCCCCGCCCCGCGGGACGACCACGAAGGGCCGAGCCCCUCUUGGUUGUAAUGAACUCGCAGACGUCCCUGCUUUUGCCCCAAUGAAUGUGAAAGAAGGUGUUUUUCAAAUUUCGUCUCGACCAGACGCCGUGAAGUUGGUUCGCCGCCGCGUCACGGCCCCGGCUGUCCGAGCGCCCGCACCGCACACAGCUCGGCCCCCCGCCGGGGACCCUCCCGAGCCCGCGCCGGCCGCACACAGGGCAGCGGCCUCAGGAUGUUUGCGGGAGCCACAGCCACGGCCCCUCCCCGGCCGCUCCUCCAGGGCUCGCCUCGCUUCAGCCGCGCUUCUGACUGGGACGUGGUUUGGGGAAGCCUCUGAAUUUCACCAUUUCCCGGUGGUGUAGUCGCUGUGCGGGCAUUUGAGGUAGUUUCUCACGAGUAUAAUAUUUGAAUGUGGUGCCUUCUCUGGUCAGGAUUGUUGAGUUGUUAACACUGAAACUGAAAUUUAAUUUCCAAAUUUUUUGUACUUCACAAUAAAAGUCCAUCUAAAAGUUGGUGACUUGUG